AAAUAUACAUUAGCUGGCAUGCAGUUCUAACCCGUUUGUCGCUCCGAUUUGUCAUGCUGUGGUACCAAGAAGACGACGAUGAGGACAUUUUGUUGUCACCCGCUCUAUUGGCGCGGCGUGCUUCUGAAUCCUGGAUAGAUACUCCUCCAGUUGAGACUAUCGUCGAGCAGACUUCGCUGCAAAGGAAGAAGUCGUUACCUGAUGUUCAAACGCUACCAAAAGCCACAGAACCAAUGUCGAGGGAAGAGGUGUCAUAUUUAGGAUCAAUGCGACGGGAGGAAGUCCGAAGGAUGAACGAAGAACGUGAAAAAUUGCGAGCAAAUCCUUUACUUUAUCUUGUUAGCCCGCAAGUUAAGGUAUGGCCUUUUCAAGUACUUUUUUACAAGUUAAAUCAAUACUUAAUUUCUUCUUUUACAAGUUAACAGU